AUGUCUACAUCUGGAGGCUUCGACUGUUUUACACAGCCAUUGUUCACCGACUUCAGUUUUGGCUUCCAUUCUUCACCUAACCAUUGCUUCACUUCCUUCAUCCCCCCUCUACAGCAGCUCCAGUUCCAUCUUCCUCCAACCACCAACCACCAACCACCAACCACCAACCACCGGCUACGGCGACCACUCCUCCUCCUUUCUCUCUCUCCCUUGCUCGCGCUCUCACUUUUUCUCUGUCAAACACCCACAGUGCUUUGCCUCAUUUUGUUUGCUUUGGCUGUUUUCCGUUCUGGGUUGAGGGUCGUGUUUUCAGGUGAUUUUAUCAUUAAGAUGCCAAUGUUGACUGCUCCAAGUACAAUUGUUAGCUCGCCUCUAUUGCCAGCAGCUGCACCCAGAAAACUGUCUGAGAAGAUAAUCUGCAAAGCAGGGGACUUGCAAUCUACUGAGUUGCCAGAUGUUCAUUCGACAGUUGAAGGCUCUAAAAGCAAGCUAAUAUAUAGAGUGAUGAAGUUGGACUUUUUGGAAUUUGAUAUUGAUAUGGGAAUUGAAAGCUUUCAGUUCAGGAUAAUGCUUUUCAUUGUGUGUUAA